AUGGUGGCGGAUCGGUCAAGCCUAUUCAGUGAAUUCGACAAGCUGGGUCCAACAGCCAGGCAACUUGCCCUGAGCCUCCAUGCCAACGAGCACUCCAAGCCGGGCACGCCUCUGAUCCAAGCCGUCUGGGCCACCAACUGUUUCACCGUCGGAGGGCGGCAGGCUGGCCUCUUCCCCGUCGCAGCACGCUUCAACCACGCGUGCUGCCCGGCGCACAACGUCGACUUUCGGUUUGAUCACGAAUCCGACUGUCUUGAGCUGAUCGUGAAGGCCGAUCAAGUCGCCGCGGGGGAGGAGCUGCGGAUAAGCUAUGGGAGAGACCGCACCGCUGCCGAGCUCUAUAUGACGUACGGGUUUCGAUGCCGAUGUGGAGCGUGUAGGGGUCUCAGCGAUAGGGAGGUUUGGAGGCUGACCUCCCAAUGGUAG